AUGAAGCCCGUUGUCUCCGCCCUGAACGCCUGGUCGUGCGUCGUUAUCUCCCUCUUCGCAAUCGUCAUCCUCUCAGUCCUCGGCUCGCUCUUCGGUAGCAACAACCACUCCUUCACUGGCUCCGACGGCGAACCUGAAGAUGGCCCUGCGGUCGCUGCUUCAAUCUACACCGCUGUGAUCGUUUACAUUGUUCGUCCUUCUCCAUCCCGUGACCUGACAGGGUCAACCUUUGCACCAAUGACGAAAUCGGUUGCUGACAGCUCGUCUUCUUCUCCUACAGGGUUUCUUCUUCUUCUGCGGUUUCCAGGCCUUCCUUCACAUGCGAGACAGCAGGGGAGGCGCUAUAUCCUUGAAUUAAAUGCCAUGAUUUAUUUGCGAUCGUUGUGA